AUGGUCGACUUCGUUGUUGUGGCAACUGCCUUUGUCGUCAUCGCUAUUGCCGUGUAUUUCUGGCAGCAGAAAUCCACUGCGAAACUCCCUAAUGGACCAACGGGAUGGCCCAUUGUGGGCAAUCUGGAUUUUUUUCUCUCACCUGGUCCGCAACGACAUUUCAAAUUCCUGGAGACGGGACGAAAAUACGGCGGAAUAUUUCGCUUCAGAAUCGGCAUACUGAACAGCGCUUGUGUUACUUCCUAUCGUCUGUUCCGGGAAGCCACAGUUGAAAAAGGUUGGUCAUUCGCGGAUCGUCCACACGAUAUACGGUUUCCAGAACUGGAUACAGGAAUCUUAACAAGCGGUGUGGACGAUGUUUCCAAAGCAAUCCGCCGUUUCACCGUUGUCAGUCUGCGCAGUUUCGGAUUUGGUAAAACUGACAUGCAGAACAUCAUCCUCAAUGAAGCGGAUCUGCUGGUUGAAGAAUUCCAGCGUACCAACGGAUCACCCUUCAACCCGCGCAACGCUCUGACGACAGCAACGGCCAAUAUCAUGUCCGCGCUGCUGAUUGGUAAACGCUUCGACCAUGAGGAGGCGGGGUUUAGCUUUAUUAGUGAGAAGAUGAGUCAGGCGUUGAAGCUGGUCAACACGACUAUGCUGGUCAGCGCAUUUCCUUGGCUGCGCUUGUGGCCGCACAAAGACUACCGAGUGUGUCUUGGGAAUUUUCGCGAUACCAAGACGUUUAUUCGCGGACUGAUCAAGUAG